CUGUUUGUUUUCUGGUUGCCAAUGAGAAGAUGUUGCGCUGUGGAGUUGGAGACAGAUGAGAAAUCACUGUCAGACGCUCCGAACGCAAAUAACGUCGCUUUUAUUUGGAUAAAUACUGUUUCUUCAUCUGAUGUGGACAAUUUAGUGAAGAUGCAUACGACUCGCAGUCCAUCCGCUUCCGUCCAGACAGGGGCAGCUGGAGAUGCUCUGGACCUCAGCCUGACCGGCUCUCAGCUCACAAUGGGCCGCAGACCCAGCAGCGCUUCACCUGGAAAACACUUCUCUCGAUCCAUCUCUGUGUCUGUGGCCAGUGAUGGCCGGGGGAAGCGAAACACACUGGCUGAUGCUGGAUUGGGAAGCUCACGAGCAAUUAAGAACCUGCGUCGGUCAAACAGCACCACGCAGGUGAACCAGCAGGCCAACACAAGCCUCAGUGAAGGCCACACAGAAGACUUCCUGGCUCUGUUCAACAGCAGCUCUGAUGGACGUAGAAAACUGGCCAGCCUCUCCAAGACGUCCAAAGACCAUACUACUUGGAACAUCCUGGAUGACCAGCCGAGAGCAUUUCCCGUGCCCAGCAGCUCUCACAGUACCUGCAGUAUGGAUUCUCCUACAGGCAUGAAGAAGAGGGAAGCCGGCGUCUCUCUGGCUGCCAACUUCACUGCCAACAACAGGAGCAAUAAAGCAGCUGUGGGUAACUCUGUGACCACCAUCCUCCAUAAUAACCACUCAGAGAAGCCCCUCACUCCAAAGAGCUCCAAUCAGAAACCCUCCUUCAAUAACAUAAUCAAAGCCACCGUAAAUGAUGAUGUGUCUCUGGAUGUAAGCUGUUCUCUUACUAAGUCUCAGAAGAACUUCUCCUCUGCGUCAUCAAGCUCCAACAACAACGCCCCCCGUAGCCCCCGAAGCCCAGGUCAGCCACGCAGAAGAGAGGUGACCGAAGAGGAGGCCGAAAGGUAUAUUCAGCAGGUGAACCAUGCUGCUAUUACCAUCCAGCGAUGGUAUCGUCGCCGAGCCAGUGAGAAUACAAUCAAACACCUCCUCGCAUCCAAAAAGAAGGAGAGGGAGCAGAGAGCAGAGGAGGAGAAAACCACUGAAGCAGUGAAGAAGAAAGAAGAUGAUCGAAAGCGCAUCAGGGAAGAGAAGGCUCGUCUGGCUCGACUUACCGCCAUACAGGAGCUUCAGCAGAAAAGAGCCCAGCGUGCUUCAGAGGUACAGCAGAUCGCAGAGGAGGAGGUAGAGGCACUAAAACAUGCUGGGAAAGUGGGGCGUAAAAAGCUCACCAAGAGUUCUCCCAAUUCUCCCACUGACGUCAAGGCUAAGAACACAGAUUCUAAUGUGAAUGUGGUGCCUGAUCCGGAUGAUGUGACGAAUCUAAGGGCUGCUUCACCCGCAGGCUCUAUAUGCAGAGGAUCUCCGUGUUCUCAGGAGAUCCUCCAGAGGUCUGUGAGCAUGGAGGAUCAGCGGCAGGGGGCAUCAUCGAGUAGAGCACAGUCAAAAACCACUCUGAAUGACUUGCUGGACACACUGAAGCUCUUGGAAGAGGAACCAGAGAGACUGUCAGAGCCCAAGAGCUACAGGAAGGACAAGUAUUCGUGGAUUGAUGAGGAUGGAGAUUCUAACUCCCUAACUACGGAUAAUGUGGAAAGGCACAGGCAGCUGAGUCAGACUCCAGCUCUACCAGACGGGGGCGCUCUGCUUUCAGAAGCCAAACUGCAGAGCAUUAUGAGCUUCCUGGAUGAGAUGGAAAAGUCAGAGCAGGAAAGACCACGCUCAGUCACCUCUGGAUCACACCGAGAGGUGGUGUUGUCAGAGGAAGAUCUAGCAGUUGUGGAACAAGCCUCAGCCACAGCUGCUGAGGUCACCGGCUCUAUGAUGAAACUCAAACUGGAGUUGGAUGAGAAAAAACGCACAGUCAAUAUGCUACAGACAGCACUGACCCAGCAGAGGGAGCUGACGAUCCGGCAUGUGAAGGAGACUGAGAAAGAGCUUAAUCAUACCUUUCAGUUACAGAAGCAGCAGUAUGAAGCUACGAUACAGAGACACUUGACGUUUAUAGACCAGCUGAUUGAUGACAAAAAGUCCCUGAGCGAACGUUGUGAGGAAGUAGUGGGAGAACUCAAGCAGGUGGAUCAGAAAUACACCAAGAAGAUCGCUCAGAUGCAGGAGCAACAUGAGAUGGUGUGGCAAAUUCUGGGUCCCAUGUGUGAGGAGAUCAAGAAGCUGAAAGAGUUAAUGAGUGCCACGGAAAAGAUCCGCCGGGAGAAAUGGAUUGAUGAGAAGACCAAAAAGAUCAAGGAGAUCACUGUAAAAGGUCUGGAGCCAGAGAUUCAGAAGCUCAUCACCAAACACAAGCAGGAGCUGAAGAAACUCCGAGUUCUUCAUGAGGCAGAGCUGCUUCAGGCAGAUGAGAGGGCCGCCCAACGUUACGUCAGACAGACCGAGGAAUUACGACAGCAGUUGGAGAGAGAAAGAGAUGAACAGUGCCAGAGAGAGAGAGAACUAGCCAAGCAGAGGUUUGAGAAACAGCUGCAGGAAGAGGAGAAUGCACUGCAGCAGCAGAGGAGACGUCUGUAUAAAGAAGUGUCAGAGGAGAAAGAGCGAAUCACACAGCUUGCAGCCAGGCAGCAUUCUGAGCUGGAGGAUUUAAGGAAGCAGUUGGAAGAGAACAGCUCUUUGGCAGCAAGAGCACUGAGAGAAGAGCUGGAGAAGAGCAGAGAAGAGCAGGAGAGACGACAUCAGGUUGAAAUAAAGGCCCUGAAGGAAAGACUUGAGAUUGAGAAACAGACAUGGGAAGAAAAUUAUAUGAAAAAAGAGGAAGCAUGGCUGCUGAGCAGAGAAAGGGAACUGAAGGAGGAAGUGCGUCGAGGGAGAGACAAAGAGAUUGAGCUGGCCAUUCAGAGACUAGAGGAGGAGACUAGAGGGGCAAGAGAGGAGUGUGAGAGAGCAUCUGACAACCGGAUAAAGCGUUUGAGGGAGAAAUACGAGGCUGAGCUUAGAGAUCUGGAGCGUUCGGAGCGGGCAGCAUUGCAGAAACAGCAGGAGAUAAGAGAGAAACACAGUGAGAUGGAGACAGAGCUCCUCCGGCUGCAGUCGCUCUUACGACAACGAGAGCAGGAGAUUAGCGACAUUACCCAGGCCCGUGAUAAGUUAUCAGAUGAGCGCCGCAGUCUAGCAGAAGUGAUCAGACAAGAGUUUGCAGAACGGCUUGUAGAGACGGAGGAAGAGAACAGGAGAAUGAAGAAGGAGGUCUCAGAGGCCAAGGCACGACUCCGUUUAGAGGUGGAGCGAGUGACAAGAGAGAAAGAAGAAGAGCUUGCAGAGGUGCAUCAAAGAGUAAAGUCAGCUAUUUUGAAGAAGGAAGAGACUGUUAAUAACCUGCGCAAGCAGCAUGAGGCUGCAAUGAAGAGAGCAGAUCAUCUUGAGUCUUUGUUGGAACAGCAGAGAAAACAGCUGUUAGGGAAAUGAUUGACAAGUUAGGGCAUUGAAACCUCCAAAGCCCCUUCCCUUCUGUCAUACCGUCCUCCUGCACAAAGAAACUUUAACUCUUUAUUUUAUUUGUCAGGUUUCUCUUAUUUCUUUUGGUUUUUUGGAUGAACUGAUGGAUUCUGGAUCGACAUUUUGGUUCCACCAGACUUCUCAUCCAGAAAGCCGGCCUUUGGCAUUCCCAAGGGAACAAGGCAAGAAAUGAGAGAGGAAUUUAAUCUUCUCCAAGAUUCUUGGAGAGCUUUUCUGGGUCUCUCUUUCAUGUAUAUGACCAAAUUACAGACUCCUUUCAGCCACUGGUUUCACACAGCCAAAUUAAUUUUAAGCAUAGGAAAAUAAA